AUGCCCCCCUCUCAAAUCCAGAUCGCGACCUCGUCGCUUCAGCGGCUUUUGAAAGAAGAAGCCUCCUACUACAAGGAGCAGGAGCAGCAGGAGGCACGCAUCUACAAGUUGGAGAACGAAGCCAACGGAAGUGAUGAGAACCACGACUAUAAAUUGAGACAAGAGCGCAAAGCCCUCGAAGAAACCAAGAUCGUGAUCCCCACGCUCCGGGAUCGCAUCACCAAUGCGAGGGAGAAGUUAGAAAACCUCUUGGAUACGGCAACAAACGAAGACGAGCGGAACGCAGCGAUUGAAGUGCUCAAGGCGGCGAAGGAAGCUCAGAAGGACGAUCCAAUCGCCGGAGAGGAGAGGACUAUGUCGUGA